CUGCUAGGUUGGAUUCUUGGAGCAAUUCUCAAAACUGAAAAUUGUUAAACGUCCACAGGAAACGUGAGAGAGAGAGAGAGGAAGAACAGGAAAGGGAAGAAGAGAUAGGGGUUCCUCCCCGUCUUCUGUGUCUCAUUUCUACGAAGAAUGGCUGCCGAGUUUAUCUAUGGAGUUAUCUUCGCUGUUCUACUAGGGUUUUAUCUGUUCUACAGCUCCCAAGGGAGGAAGAAGAGUGGGAAAGACACAGCUUCGAUCGAGAUCCGAGAUGAAUGUGUCAAGAACAACUCUAAUGGAGAAUGUAGGUGGGAGAACGGAGAAGAUGCCGACGUGAUAAUUGUUGGCGCCGGCGUUGCUGGUGCAGCUCUCGCUCACACGCUUGGCCAGGUUGAUGGGCGCCGGGUACAUGUGAUUGAAAGAGAUUUGACGGAGCCUGACAGAAUUGUUGGCGAACUAUUACAGCCAGGGGGGUACCUGAAAUUGAUUGAGCUGGGCCUUGAGGGUUGCGUGAAGGAGAUUGAUGCUCAGCAAGUAUUUGGAUAUGCUCUUUAUAAGGAUGGGAAGAAUACUAAACUCUCGUAUCCGUUAGAAAAAUUCCAUUCUGAUGUUUCAGGGAGGAGCUUUCACAAUGGGCGUUUCAUACAAAGGAUGCGGGAGAAAGCUGCUUCUCUUCCCAAUGUACGAUUGGUGCAGGGAACUGUUACAUCCUUACUUGAAGAGAAGGAGACCGUUAAGGGCGUGGCAUACAAGACUAAGACUGGUGAAGAACUAAAAGCGUAUGCACCCCUCACAAUUGUAUGUGAUGGGUGUUUCUCAAAUUUGCGCCGCUCUCUUUGCGAUCCUAAGGUAGAAGUACCCUCUUAUUUUGUUGGUUUGGUCCUAGAGAACUGUCAACUUCCACAUCAAAAUCAUGGGCAUGUUAUUUUAGCAGAUCCUUCUCCCAUCUUGUUUUAUCCCAUUAGUAGUUGGGAGGUUCGUUGUUUGGUUGAUGUACCUGGACAAAAGGUGCCUUCUAUUGCAAAUGGUGAAAUGGCCAAUUAUUUGAAGACAGUGGUGGCUCCCCAGAUACCUCCUGAGCUAUAUGAUGCCUUUAUAGCCGCAAUUGAUAAAGGAAGCAUCAGGACAAUGCCGAACAGAAGCAUGCCAGCUGCACCUCAUCCUACUCCCGGGGCUCUAUUAAUGGGGGACGCAUUCAAUAUGCGUCAUCCUUUAACUGGUGGUGGAAUGACUGUUGCAUUAUCUGACAUUGUUGUGCUGCGGAAUCUUCUUAAGCCUUUGCAAGAUUUAAAUGAUGCAUCUUUACUGUGCAAGUAUCUUGAAUCUUUUUACACCUUGCGUAAGCCUGUGGCAUCUACAAUAAAUACAUUGGCAGGUGCUCUGUACAAGGUGUUUUGUGCUUCAUCUGAUCAAGCAAGGAAUGAAAUGCGUCAAGCAUGUUUUGAUUAUUUAAGCCUUGGAGGUGUUUGCUCAACAGGACCGGUUGCUUUACUUUCUGGUCUAAACCCUCGCCCAUUGAGCUUGGUUCUUCAUUUCUUUGCUGUUGCAAUAUAUGGUGUUGGCCGCUUAUUACUUCCAUUUCCUUCGCUUAAACGUAUUUGGAUUGGAGCUAGAUUGAUUUCGGGAGCAUCGGGUAUUAUUUUCCCUAUAAUAAAGGCUGAAGGUGUUAGGCAGAUGUUUUUCCCUGCGACAGUUCCAGCGUAUUACCGGGCUCCUCCUCCUCUUAAGUAAAUGUAAAAGAAAAACAGUAAGAAAAAUCAAGGGGCCAUAUAUAUAGGUCUACGCCCGAGGGUGGUGGAAUCAAAUUUGUAUCAGUAGCUUAUAUACAUCCAAAAUGAAAGCCCGUGCUUCCCAUCCAGAGGUUCCUGCGCAAAACAAUUCAUCUAUUGAUUGUCCAAUUGUACCAAUUAUCCAUUCUUCUACACCGGAAACCGACGUGGAUAGAAUGGAAAAUUGUUGAGACUGCUAUGGAAUUGGUUAUAUAGCAUUUCCAUAUUCUGUUCUAGCACAGUACAGAGUAAACCCUCUCCCCUCUCUCCCCCAACAGGUUUACAAUAAUGUAGGUUGUAGAAGCUGCAACUGUGCUAGGUUUUUGCUAAUCUUAAUGUGUUCACUUUGUAAGCUCCAUGCAGUAGAUUUUUCAGACCCAAGAUUUCCCA